UUUCCGGGCACGUCACUAGCCAGCCGGCUCCUGAGAAUUCACAAUAGCAGACACGUUUACCUUGAAGUUAUCUCUGCCGAGAAUCGUUUUGGGUUGGAAUGGCCGAUGACAGUGUGGUGGACAAAAUGAGCGAAAUGCAAGUAGACGAAGGGAAAAAGAAAGGAGCUGGUGGUGGCAAAGACGGAUCGAAGAAGAAGGCUAAAGGUGGUGCAGGGGGAGACUCUGCUGCAAAGGGGGAGCUCUCCCCUCCACCAACGUACAUUGAGGAGCGUCUCUCUCUCUACACAACGCUUAAAGCUGAGCACGACGCACUGCAGGCCCAGAGGGCUGAGAGUGACAGCAAGCCCAUCAAGGUGACCCUGCCCGAUGGUAAAGUGGUGGAUGGUGAAUCCUGGAAGACCACCCCCUAUCAAGUGGCCGCUGGUAUUAGUCAAGGUCUUGCUGACAACACUGUAAUUGCUAAAGUGAACAACAGCGUCUGGGAUCUGGAUAGACCACUGGAGGAGGAUUGCAGCCUACAGCUGCUAAAGUUUGAUGAUGACGAGGCCCAGGCGGUCUACUGGCAUUCCAGUGCCCACAUUAUGGGAGAAGCCAUGGAGAGGGUUUACGGGGGCUGUCUUUGUUACGGGCCUCCCAUUGAAAGCGGCUUCUACUACGACAUGUUCCUUGAAAACAGCGAAGGAGUUUCAAGCAAUGACUUUCCGGGGCUGGAGAACCUGUGCAAGAAGAUCAUCAAGGAGAAGCAGCCGUUUGAGAGACUGGAGAUAAAGAAGGAGACCCUGCUUGAUAUGUUUAAGUACAACAAGUUCAAGUGUCGUAUCCUCAACGAAAAAGUCACCACUCCAACCACCACUGUUUAUAGGUGUGGUCCUCUCAUCGACCUUUGCCGAGGUCCGCAUGUGCGACACACUGGCAAGAUUAAAGCCCUGAAAAUCCACAAGAGCUCCUCCACAUACUGGGAGGGGAAGGCGGACAUGGAGACCCUGCAGAGGAUCUACGGGAUCUCCUUCCCGGACACCAAGCUGCUCAAGGAGUGGGAGCAGUUCCAGGAGGAGGCCAAGAACCGGGACCACCGCAAACUUGGCCGGGAGCAGGACCUCUUCUUCUUCCACGACCUGAGCCCGGGGAGCUGCUUCUUCCUGCCCAAAGGGGCCUUCAUCUACAACACCCUGGUCCAGUUCAUCCGGAGUGAGUACAAGAAGAGGGGCUUCCAGGAAGUAGUCACGCCCAACAUUUACAACAGCAAGCUGUGGCAGACCUCCGGCCACUGGCAGCACUACAGCGAGAACAUGUUCUCCUUUGAGGUGGAGAAGGAAACCUACGCCCUCAAGCCCAUGAACUGCCCCGGACACUGUCUGAUGUUCGACCACCGGCCGCGCUCCUGGAGGGAGCUGCCCCUCCGCCUAGCCGACUUCGGGGUGCUGCACCGGAACGAGCUGUCGGGAGCGCUGACCGGUCUGACCCGCGUGCGCCGCUUCCAGCAGGACGACGCCCAUAUCUUCUGCACCAUGGACCAGAUCGAGGAGGAGAUCAAGGGCUGCCUGGACUUCUUGCGCACCGUGUACCAGGUGUUUGGCUUCACCUUCAAGCUGAAGCUCAGCACUCGGCCCGAGAAGUUCCUGGGGGAGCCCGAGGUGUGGGACAAGGCAGAGAAGCAACUGGAGAACAGCCUGAUCGAGUUUGGGGAGAAGUGGAUUCUCAACCCAGGCGAUGGUGCCUUCUACGGUCCAAAGAUCGACAUCGAGAUCAAAGAUGCGAUCGGCCGCUACCACCAGUGCGCCACCAUCCAGCUGGACUUCCAGCUGCCGAUCCGCUUCAACCUGAGCUUCGUCAGCCACGACGGCGAUGACAAGAAGAGGCCGGUCAUCAUCCACCGAGCGAUCCUGGGGUCCGUCGAGAGGAUGAUUGCUAUUCUGACGGAGAACUACGGCGGCAAAUGGCCUCUGUGGCUCUCUCCCCGCCAAGUCAUGGUCGUACCGGUGGGACCCACCUGCGAGGAGUACGCCCAGAAGGUCCAGAAGGAGUUCCACGCCGCGGGGCUCAUGACUGACGUGGACGUGGACCCCGGCUGCACGCUCAACAAAAAGAUACGCAACGCUCAGCUGGCCCAGUACAACUUCAUCCUGGUGGUGGGAGAGAAGGAGAGGACCAGCGACACGGUGAACGUGCGCACCCGCGACAACAAGGUCCAUGGCGAACGCAGCGUGAAGGACUGCCUGGACCGCCUUCUGCAGCUCAAAUCUUCCCGGAGUCGGAACGCCGAGGAGGAAUUCUGAGGAGCCUUUUUUUUUUUUUUUUUGCUUAAUCCUAAACUUCAGCUUUUUGGGGUCAUUUAGGUCUGUCGGGGAGUGGGGUUAAAGGAACAAACAGUUGCCUGGUCUUGAAUGAUUCAAUCAAAUUUUCUAUGGAAAACAUCUGUGAUCAAAUUUCAGUUUCUUCCUGUCUGUAUGCCACGUGAACGUCAAUGUCACUCCAAUGUCAUCGCCUUCAUGCAAUGAAAUUCCCGCUCUGCUCGCAAAGACAAACACAUUUAGCAGCUUUACACAAUCGUUCUGUACAAUGAAGAUAUAAUUCAUCUUGUGCUCGUCUAACUGUUUCAUAAAGGUCCUAGCUGUUAGGAGCUAACGGUUACAUAAAGCUCUUAACUGUUGCAUAAAUCAGGAAUCAGGAAUAUGAAUAUGAUGAUGUGUCAUGUGGACUUAAUGACCGUUUAUAUGUCUCCUCUUCAGGGAAUUGUUCACGAGUUAUACUUUUGAUACAAUUAAACCAUUUCACCUUUAGUGA